GAAGCUCUGGGGUGCUGUCAGCUGCCUCGGGAACUUCAUGGCUUAUGCCUGCCUGAUGGCCGGGAGCCUCGCUGGCACCAAGAAACAAAGCAGACAUUGAGCAUUUUGUUGGCUUUUCGUCUUUUUUGUUGGCUUAAAAAAAAGCCGGUAGAAUAGAGGGAACGACCUCUUCACAGCAGGACCGUGUCUGUUCCUCCAAAGUUAACAGCCGCUUUGAAUCUGCCGUCGCAGUCAGCCACGGCAGCAAGCAGUCACCACCACCUUGCUGCACUGGACUCCAGAAAGGCACCUGGCAGGCAUAGGAUGUCAACUUGCAGCAGGUCACCGUCAGCCAAGGUAGGUCUCGAGAGUGGUCUAGAAGAAUGUGCCGUGGCCUUGAACUUAUUUCUGAGCAACAGAUUUUCAGACGCCUUAGAAUUACUUCGGCCAUGGGCAAAGGACAGCAUGUACCACGCCUUGGGCUAUAGCACCAUUGUGGUGUUGCAGGCAGUUAUGACCUUCGAGCAGCAAGACAUCCAAAAUGGCAUUUCUGCAAUGAAGGACGCUUUACAAACUUGCCAAAGAUACAGGAAAAAAUGCACCGUUAUGGAGUCUGUGUCAAGCCUUCUCUCCAGAGGGUCAUUUGAACAGCUGACUGAAGAGGAAAUGCAUGCCGAAAUCUGUUUUGCCGAGUGCCUCCUGCAGAAAGCAGCGCUCACGUUUGUGCAGGAUGAAAAUAUGAUCAACUUCAUCAGAGGUGGCCUCAAAAUUAGGACAAGUUACCAAAUAUAUAAGGAAUGCCUUUCGAUCUUGCAGGUAAUUGAGAAGAAGAAAGUUGAGCAGCAAUUCUUCUAUGAGUUUGAAGGGGGUGUGAAACUUGGAAUAGGAGCAUUUAACUUGAUGCUGUCCCUUUUACCAGCAAGGAUCAUCAGACUACUAGAAUUUAUUGGCUUUUCUGGAAACAGGGAGUUGGGACUCAUGCAGUUACAAGAAGGGGCAUCAGGAAGAAGCAUGCGGGCUCCUCUGUGCUGCUUAACUAUACUAGCCUUUCAUACCUAUAUCUGUCUAAUACUUGGUACCGGGGAAGUGAAUAUCGUGGAAGCCGAGAGCCUCCUUGCACCCUUCCUCCGGCAGUUCCCAAACGGCUCGCUCAUGCUGUUCUAUCAUGCCCGGAUAGAGCUGCUGAAGGGGAAUGUCGAAGCGGCACAAGAAAUAUUCCAAAAAUGCAUUUCAGUUCAGGAAGAGUGGAAACAGUUUCACCAUCUCUGUUACUGGGAGCUGAUGUGGAUUUGCAUUUUCCAACAAAACUGGAUGCAGGCAUAUUACUAUUCAGAUCUGCUUUGCAAAGAGAGUAAAUGGUCCAAGGCGACAUACGUCUUCCUGAAAGCUUCCAUUCUGAGUAUGCUUCCAGAGAAGGAUGGAGCGCCCACUCAAGAGAACGUGGUCACGUUAUUCAGACAGGUGGAGAGCUUGAAGCAGAGAAUUGCUGGUAAAUCUAUCCCGACCGAGAAGUUCGCCGUGAGGAAGUCUCGCCGGUACGCUGCCGGGCUGGCCCCCCCUGUGAAACUCGUCCUACCAGCACUAGAAAUGAUGUACGUCUGGAAUGGCUUCCCAGUAGUGAGCAAGAGAAAGGACCUCUCUGAAAAUUUGCUGAUAACGAUUGAGAAGGCGGAGGAAGCUUUGCAACAUGAGAGUUUGAAUGUCUACUCCGCGGAUGAUGAGUGCUUGGUGAAGCUCUUGAAAGGCUGUUGUCUGAAGAACCUCCAGCGGCCCCUGCAGGCGGAAUUGUGUUUCAACCACAUCAUUCAGAGUGAAAAGCUACUGAAGUAUGACCACUACCUGGUGCCAUUCACCCAGUUUGAGUUGGCAUUUUUGUACCAAAGCCAAGGAGACAUCGACAAGGCCAUAAAAACCCUAGAAAAUGCCAGAAACAACUACAAAGAUUACUCCAUGGAGUCUCGACUGCACUUCCGAAUCCAGGCAGCUCUCCACCUCUGGAGAAACGCUCCCUCCGAUUGACGAGCGCCUUGCCCUCGGUCAGCACUGGCCGCUGCCAUAGGGUUCACCGCGUGUUCAAGUACAAAGGCCGCCUUGUAAACGAGUGAUGGAAAACUAGCCUUUUUGUCAAUAUUUUCUAUCAUCUGUGUGGUUUACUGUUGGUCUACAUAAUGUUUAUUGUUUUCCUAUGGAAUGAUGUUCAGCACUCUCUAGAAAAUGCUUAUAUUUUGCCUCCCCCCAAAAAAAAAUUCACAUUAGAUUUGGGGAGGAAGAAGGUACAAUAAGAUCCAAUUAGAUUAUUUUUAUGUGGGAAUAAAUAUUGUUUACGUAGCAAAUGGCUUACAGGUUGAGCCGUCUUUAGAUUGUUGGUCAGUUAGACUUCAGGUAUAUCUUGUUGCCUAUUUUUAAAUUUAAGAAGGGAAAUCACACAUCACCUGAAUUUAAAAUAGCCGAACAGGGACCUUCUGAGGACUUUUGGAAGACAGGCCUAGGGGAUAGAUAAGGGAUGAAACAGUAAGUGGUUUUUUUCUUUUUAAAAAAAAAUUAUUUAUUCCUGCUGGUUAAAAGAUGGCAGCAUUUUAAAGAGACUGUCCUCUUUGGGGUGUUCCUAAAUCAAUUAUACUAAAUCAUAUCUUAAGAAAUUAUCUUUAACCUUAGCAGCGUGAGUCUAAAUAUAUAUAUGUUAUUUUUCCUAUAAGAAGCAAAACGAAGUUCCUGUGGCUUGCAGUGAUAUAUUAAGUAUCAGUAUGUUUAUACUCAUGAAGUUGCUAAGAUCUAAUUUUGGAGCCAUCUGUGAUGGCUCCUUGUACAUAUCUGGACUCUGCUUACUUAGUUCUUUCCUUGGGAAUUGCGAUCAAGGGGAUGGUGUGGAGAGAGUGCCACUGGUGGGGCCCUGCCUCUGUUAGUGACGUA